AGCUUUCGAGGACCGGCUCAACUGUGGGAAAUGCAAAUGGAUCCAGCUGACGAAAAGGCAUUUUGGGUUAAAGUGCUUGAGAAAGCGAAUUCUGAUUCUGAAGUCAGCCACAUGCCUAAUGAUAUUCCCUACCAAGUUGAAUCAAUUCAUGGUCUAAACCUCUUCCUCUGUUUUGAUGAAGCACGAAAAUUACUCGAUGUGGAGCAUGGAACUGAACUAUCACCAUUCAGACUGAUUUGUUGCUCUCUUAAGGACAUUCAAUGGGCUCAGUAUGGAUUUCUAUGUGCCAUGCUUGAUACAAUGGGAAAGCUGGCUAAUUUUUCCCCUCCAUACAAACGCUCCAACUCUGAGAGAAUUCGUGAUGAAAGAGUCAAGCUGCUUCCACCAUAUAUUGACAUUAUGAUGCUGGAUGCUCUUAACAAUAAGGUGGCAGAUCAUCCAAAUCACCGCUUACUGUUUGGUAGGCCAUUGUGGGCAUCGAGUAUUUGUGCAGGGAAACCUAUUACGGAGGUAAUAGAAUUUGCCAAAUGCAAAUUAUUAGGAGGACAUCAACCAACACAACAAAUACAAUACCUAUUUGAUGACGAAGAGGAGAAAGUUGCCGUUUCUCUGGCACUUGUGGGCUGUUUAGUCUCUCUGGAUAUUUCAGUUCAGUCACAGCUUACUCAUCUACUU